AUGAGCAGUAUGCUUAAAACAUCUCUACUGCCAGCAUUUUCAAAUGAGAAAAUGGAAACAACUAGCGAAAUAAUUGGCGAAAGUGCGCUUGAAAAAAGUCGUCUGCGUAUUCUACGUGAACGUACAGCAGCAGCAAUUUUCACAGUGGCUGCUAAAAUUUCCAAAAAAGAUACAUUUCCAACUGGCAAUUCUGAGCUUGCUAAUGAGCACAAGGCUACCCGUGUUUUGGCUGUUGUUUUUGCGUGUUUUUUCAUUUGUUGGACGCCAUUUUUUGUUGCCAAUUUUGCUGUCGGUUUCUGUGGUGCUCGCUGUGCGGUACCACCAACUGUUGCAUCAUUCUUUUUAUGGCUUGGAUAUUUCUCCAGCACCAUUAAUCCACUUAUUUAUACCAUUUUUAACAGACGUUUUCGUCAAGCUUUUCUCAGGAUUCUACGUUGCCAGUGCACUCAUCCACUUCGUGGCGCUUAUGUCGGUAGUUAUUUGUCACAUCGAUUAGACGAUGGAUGGUAA